CUUGGCUUGCGCUUGACGCAGUUUUCAGUACAGUGAUGGCGUUCAAAGUUGUUUGAGCUGUUUGUGGUAACGGUCGUAUUUUUGUUGAGUGCUGCUUUGCUCGUCGUCGUCGUCGUUUCCUCACGGUUUCGGCUCGGUCAGUUCCGUUUCGUUUUCUCUAUCGCGAUUCAUUUACGUUUUGUGCUGUCGCAGUUUUACCUAUUUUAACCUGCACACGGCACACGUGUGUAUGAGUAUGCUUUACGUGGUGAAGUGUAUUGCGGAAUUUGCUUCAGAUUCCUUCUCUGUUUUGAAAUAGUUCACGAGAUUGCACAGAAAGGAUACUGUACAGUUGUGAUUGCGUGUCAUCGCAGGAUUUGUAACUCAGUAAAAAACAGGAAUAUUGAGUCACUAGGAGAGAAUAGCAGAACAAAAAACUGGCAGCUGUGAUUUUCGCAAUAUCUUGAAAUUCAGGUAUCAGUUUACGUGAAGGUAAUAUCUGGUCGGCUCUAAUCGAUGCUAGCAGUAAUCAACGAGAAGGGACAAAACUAAAGCAGGUCUCCGUGCCACUUUUGUUUAUACUUUCGGUAAAACCCGUUACAGUUUAUAGUCUUUUGUUGCAAUAGCAUUGUGCAUAUGCUAGUGUAUAAGUACACCAACGAUACGGGAAUGUUGAGCUAAUCUGAAGUUGUAGUAGUAGAGAAAGGGUAACAAUGGCAAAGCCAGUUAUUUUUUCGUGAAUAUUCAUGUUCUAGUGCGGAAAAUUUGUAUAAAACUGUGACAUUUGUCUAAAAAUGAUUUAUUCGGAGCAGUGAAAAAUUCGCGUGUGGAGUAUUCAGGAUUCGAACGGAAGGUUUUAUUUAUGCUGCAAAUUUAAGGAGCGCCUUGAAGGAAGAAAAAUAAGUCUUGUAAAUAGUUGUAGUGUGAGUGUUUGAUUUUCGGUGCUUCCCUUAUAAAUUACCCCUGCAAAUGGAUACGCUAAAUACGUCCGCGAUAAUUCCAACCGGCGUCGAUUUUGCUCGAUUGCUUCUCAGCAAACCUGAUGAACCGUCAACGUCGUCAACUCAACUUAUUCCAGUUACGGUUACCUCUGGUGGUAGUGCGCCGGUCAUUCCUACGACGGUUACGUUUGUCAAUAAUUCCGGGUCUGUGGCAUUAGCGACUGCGGCAGCAGCUGCUGCAGCCGCUGCAGCAGCUACAUCGUCCGGUUCCGGUUCCUCAUCAGCAUCUAGUCUUGCAUUGGCCGCUUCAGCAUCCGCGGCUACUAAUGGUCCGGUGAAUAAAAAGUGUCCGUAUCAUCGGCAGUGUUACCGAAACCAUCAUCAUCCACAACAACAGCAGCAGUUGCAGUCUCCGUCACAAGUUGGCACUCGACGUAUGGCCAUAACUGUCAACGGUAUAAGCCCUGCUGCAUUGUAUCCACAACGGGAUGCCAUAUCGACUAAUGUAGCUCCGCCUUUGAAUGCUGCUGUUCUAGCAGAACGCUAUCUACUUUUGGAUGUCGUAGAAGGAAGCUCGCUCUAUCGGUGCGUCGACAUCAAAACUAAGGAGGAGCUGGUGUGCAAGAUUGCUAACAACCCAUGCUCCAAUUUGCUUACUGCUCAUUUCCGAUUGGAUGGGCAUACACAUGUAAAUUUUUUGCACAAAGUCAUACAGGGAAACAAUCAAACGUAUUUGUUUUUCGCGCCAUCGCAGGGUGAUCUCCACUCGCAUGUUCGCGUUCGAAAACGUCUACGUGAGCCGGAAGCUCGUCGGCUCUUCCGUCAGAUGUGCGAGGUUGUGAAAAUCUGUCACGAACAAGGCAUCGUUUUGCGUGAUCUCAAGCUGCGGAAGUUUGUGUUCGCGGACAAGGAAAGAACCCACUUGAAACUAGAAUCCCUGGAAGAUGCCGUUGUGUUGGAUGAUGCGUCCGAAGACCUGCUGCAGGACAAGCGAGGCUGUCCCGCCUAUGUGUCGCCGGAAAUCUUGAAAGCGAAUACCACCUACUCCGGAAAGGCGGCCGACAUGUGGUCCCUCGGAGUAAUUCUCUACACAAUGCUCGUUGGAAGAUAUCCCUUCAACGACUCGGAACACGCAUCGCUGUUUGCCAAAAUCAGUCGCGGUCAAUUCACGGUCCCGGACUGUCUUUCGUCCAAGGCACGCUGCAUGAUUCGCGCACUGCUACGGCGUGAGCCCGAAGAAAGGAUAGCCUCGGAGGAUGUGCUUUUCCACUCGUGGUUGCAACACGAUGAUAGUCGAAAUCAGUUGACCUGCGUGAGUCGCUCAAACCCGUCCAGCCAGGUGGAUGAUCAAUGCGUCCCGGAAUGGAUUGAUCCCAGCGGAGAAGAUGACAUCAGAACGGCAGGACAAGCAAUCGGUGGCCAUCGUUACGAAGAUGGUGCAGAGCUGGUAUAGAUGAUGCGUACCAUUGAAAUGGCACAGAGAAAGUUGGAGAUAACCAAACCUAGAGGAAAUCACGCACGGGUGUUUGCGACAAAAUUCUUUCAUGUGAAGUUACGCCUGCACUUGUUGGUGGAAUGCAAUUAAUUUUGUAACGCUCAUUGUUUUUCGCUUAUACUCCUAGUUUAGUGGUAAGACGGAUUAUUAGUAGUAGUUUUUUUAUUUAUUUUAUUUUUUGUUUGAAGAGAGAGAAAAAUAGCUCGCGUAAAUCCUCGCGAAUUAUUUUUAUUUGCGCAAAUGGGGUUGCGUAGUUUAGAACUGCCGCCUUCGUGAGUGGCCAUGAUCUCAACAAGAUUUUUGAAGUUAAAGAGGGGUGAGACUUUGCCCACCUUUUUAUUUUUUCCUUCUCCUUUACAAUGACACGUUCUGUAACUCGAAGAAUUACCAUCCAUUUUAAAAAAUCGAUGUAUCCAUGCGUAGAUAGUUCUGAAGGAUGAUUUCGUUUCAAUAUUGAUGCAAUUCAAACGAUUAUAGAGAAAUUCAAUUUUCAACAUCAUAAUUUUCUUAUGAAUUGCGAAUAUUCACACGUUCUGUAACUCGAAGAAUUACCAUCCAUUUCAAAAAAUCGAUGUAUCCAUGCGUAGAUAGUUUUGAAGGAUGAUUCCGUUUCAAUAUUGAUGCAAUUCAAACGUUCAUAGAGAAAUUCAAUUUCCAACAUCUUAAUUUUCUUAUGAAUUGCGAAUAUUCUCAGUGCAAUUUUCCGUAAAAUUUGUUUUAUUUCUGAGACGACCUAUGAAACUUUUUUGCUUGUACAAUCUCGUAUUUGCCCUUCUCUUGUUAAUCCUGGCAUAAUAAGCAGAAAUAUAAUUUUAAAUGCAGUAGUUAUUUAUAAAUUCUAAACAAAUCUGUUACGGAGUUCAACAGAAAUAGACUGAAAUAAAAAUGUGUUUAAUUUUAGGUUUAAGCGAGAACCGCUGCGUGAAAACGAAUCAAAUAAAAGAUGCUUUCUACUAGCAAGUGGCUUACUGUAUAACAACAAAAGCUUCCAUUUUUGCUGACGUCUGCAUUUCUUUCGACCAAACUUAACUGUUUCUUUUAGCUUCAAACCCAAAUUCUGCGGGAAAAUAACAUACAUGAUUUGAUCCCGAUCAAUAGUUACAGUGAUAGGCAUAAAUAAAAGCCCACCUUGAGUAUUUAGAAACAAUUCUCGGUUUCUGGACUUUUUUAUAAAAAUCUGCAGCCGUCAUUCCAUACGAUUGUUAGUUAUUUAUCACUUUCUCAGGUAAUUAACAAGUUUUGUUAUUUCUGUUGGAUUUUGUUUACUCACUUACAUGACUUCUUGAAUGUGUGCAAAAAUGUGUUGACAAAAAUAAAAGCCCACCCCCAAAAAGUGUUUUUUAAAUCAUUGAAAACCUUUGAGUAACUCGUCGUUUGCACAUGUUAUGACAGCUAGCGCUGUGCGAUGUUAUUUACAAUUACUUAGUGGUUCAGUUGACGCGAUAUAAACAAAGUGUUGUUCACAUUGGCAUAUAAAAUUCGAUUUUUGUUGUUUACACAAAGAGUUUUCAUCAAAAUUCAAAUGGGUGGGAAAAAAUCAGCAUGCAAGUCCGAAAUCUAGUUGUUCAAGAUCAUUCGAAGCAGAUUUCGCAGCGGAAGAUUGCAGAGAAGUUCGGAAUAAGCCGGGGAGCAGUCCGUGGAAUUGUGCAGAAGCAUAAUACUUAUGAUUCGCUUGCUGACAGAUCCGGAAGAGGCCGUCGUCGGAAGACCGAUAGCCGGACGGAUCAACGAAACAUCAGGGAAGUGAAAAAAUCUCCCAAAAUAUCGGUCAAUGUGAUUCAGGAUAUAUAUAAAUGCUCAGCUAAUCUGCGGCGUACUGUUCUAGUCGAAACCGCCAACGAUAGGUUUUCCUGAAUCACUUUGACCGAUAUUUUGGGAGAUUUUUUCACUUCCCUGAUGAUCCGUUGAUCCGUCCGGCUAUCGGUCUUCCGACGACGGCCUCUUCCGGAUCUGUCAGCAAGCGAAUCAUAAGUAUUAUGCUUCUGCACAAUUCCACGGACUGCUCCCCGGCUUAUUCCGAACUUCUCUGCAAUCUUCCGCUGCGAAAUCUGCUUCAAAUGAUCUUGAACAACUAGAUUUCGAACUUGCAUGCUGGAUUUUCCAACCCAUUUGAAUUUUGAUGAAAACUCUUUGUGUAAACAACAAAAAUCGAAUUUCAUAUGCCAAUGUGAACAACACUUUGUUUAUAUUGCGUCAACUGAACCACUAAGUGAUUGUAAAUAACAUCGCACAGCCCUAGCUGUCAUAACAUGUGAAAACGACGAGUCUCAAAGGUUUUCAACGAUUUAAAAAACACUUUUUGGGGGUGGGCUUUUAUUUUUGUCAACACAUUUUUGCACACAUUCAAGAAGUCAUGUAAGUGAGUAAACAAAAUCCAACAGAAAUAACAAAACUUGUUAAUUACCUGAGAAAGUGAUAAAUAACGAACAAUCGUAUGGAAUGACAGCUGCAGGUUUUUAUAAAAAAGGCCAGAAACCGAGAAAUGUUUCUAAAUACUCAAGGUGGGCUUUUAUAUAUGCCUAUCACUGUAUACAACGAAUCAACUAAAAUGUAAUAAAAGUUCACGGUUAAAACGCAUAAACAGCUUUACUUUUUCGUAAAUAAUUUCUAAUGGUCAGCUGAUUGAUGUAAAAUAUUCACCAUUAUAAAGUGUUGUGAUAUGUGACUAGGAAAACGACUAGCCAUGAGAUUUCCAUAAUUGGUUGAGCCCAAAUAAUGGACUAAAGAAAAAAACAAUUGUUCUGUUUCGUAAGAUGUAAAUAAUCAGCUUCGAAUACCCGAAAUGAGCAUUUCCUGUAAUUCAAAAAGAUUAUUGUGAUUUUUUAAAGAAUAUUUUUUUAAAGUUGUAUAUUUUCAAUAUCUACGUUAUUCCUAUAAAGAUCGUUGAAGAGAUAGAAAGUGGAACAGCAGCAGCCAAUAAAAUCUUCCGUUUAGAAUCCUGAAUUCUUCCUAUUAAUUGAUAUGUGCUUAGAUAGACAGAUAGAUAAAAGAGUAGUUUUAACGAUUGUCGUAUUUUUACAUGAAUAACCCGAAAAGCAAGCGUUUGAUGAAAGCGAAGAAGUGAAUUGAGGAGAAUGAUUGAGACCAACAAACAGAGUCAGAGAAUACACAAAUUAAUUUAAUAGAUAAAUGUGCGAAAAAAGGUGAAAAUAUAAAAAUAUAACUCGUUAGCCCAUAA